UAACAUCAAAUGAAGGUCCUCCAAUCACAUUGCGUUCUUUUAGGAAAAACCGUUUCCCGUUUCUGCAUCAUCAACCCCACCCCCGUCUUUGCGGGGUGCGUAACACGUGGAAGGCAUCAGCCAGCUACAAAAAGAACCAACAGCCGAGUCACCGUGUUUUUCUUCAUCCCGCAUCCCAUCCGUUCUCUUCAGCUAUGGCCAAUCUCGCUCGCAUCGAAGACAGACCAACCCCGCCACAGGUUUAUUCCUGGCGAGUGUAUGUCAAUGCUCUGAUUGCAACCUUUGCGGCUAUUAUGAUUGGAUACGACUCAGCCUUCAUUGGAACGUCCAUAUCGCUGACCUCGUUCAAGACGGAAUUCGACCUCCUCGAAAAGUCGACCUCUGAACUAGACUUGAUUUCCGCCAACAUCGUCUCUAUGUAUCAAGCAGGGUGCUUUUUCGGCUCUAUCUUCGGCUAUCCUAUUGGCUACUUUUAUGGGCGCAAAUUUGGGUUGAUGAUCGCCGGGGCGGUCUUCUGCGUCGGUGCGGCCCUGCAAGUCUCUGCGUCAUCUCAUACCGGACUUGGAAUUAUGUAUGGUGGGCGAGUCAUCGUCGGUCUGGGUAUUGGAGUGGCAUCUAAUCUGGCGCCCAUCUACGUGGCCGAAAUUGCUCCUCCUGCUAUUCGUGGACGUCUUGUCGGUAUGUAUGAGAUGUGCUGGCAAAUUGGAGGUGUCAUUGGCUUCUGGAUUAAUUAUGGUGUCACGGAGCACAUUGCCUCCAGCCACAAGCAGUGGAUCAUUGCAUUUGCUGUGCAGCUCAUUCCCGGAGGAUUGUUGUUGAUUGGGACUCCCUUGAUGACUGAAUCGCCUCGCUUCCUCGUGACUCGCGAUCGCAACGGACAGGCCUUAAGAAACCUCAGCUAUCUGCGCAAUCUCCCUCAUGAUGCACCCUACAUCGUCCAGGAGUUCAGCGAGAUAGAAGCAGCAGUCGCACAUGAACGAAGUCUGGCUGGAGCAGGGUUCUUCGGACCAGUCAAGACCGUAAUGGCAGACACGAAGUUGAUUCAGCGACUUCUCCUUGGAAUCAGUUUGUUUGCAUGGCAGAACGCCACUGGUAUCAAUGCUAUCAACUAUUAUUCCCCUACUGUCUUCAAAUCAAUCGGAAUUACUGGAUCAAGUACCUCGCUUCUGACCACUGGUGUCUUCGGUCUCAUCAAACUUGUUUGUGCAAUGGUCUGGCUGCUUUACCUUGUUGACCAGUUGGGCCGCCGUAACCUGCUAAUGAUCGGUUCUGCUGGCGGUGCGGUAUGCAUGUACUAUAUCGGAGCGUAUAUUGCUGUUGCCGACCCAGCAUCGCAUUCGACUAAGACUGUUGAUGCUGGAGGAAAAAGUGCCGUUGCCUUCUUUUACCUUUGGACCAUCUUCUAUUCUCCGAGCUGGAACGGUACUCCUUGGGUUGUUGGCGCUGAAAUCUUCCCCCAACAUGUUCGCACAUUCACUCAAGCGUGCAUGGCUGCAGGGAAUUGGCUGUUUGCUUUCCUCAUUGCGCGAUUCACGCCUCAAAUGUUCACAUCGAUGGGCUACGGUGUAUACCUCUUCUUCGCAAGCUUGAUGGUAGUAUCCGUCUUCUUUGUUUUCUUCUUCGUACCUGAGACGAAGCAAGUACCUCUCGAACGUAUGGACGAAUUAUUCGCACCGGAUGUCAAGGCAUGGAACGCCCAUGCUAUUGUUACCGGGCGUAUGAAAGACCACUACCAGGAUGCGGAGCAAGGAAAAGUAGUCCGGGACCGAUCCCCGGAAUUAAAGAGCGAGGAGGAGCAGGUGGAAAGGGUGACGUACUCCGAAUGAUCACCUCACGACCAUCUUAGUCUACCUAACCAAUCGAUCUAAUAACUUCAAAUGUAGUAUUAUCAUUAUUGUAAAAAUGCAAUCAGCACGCUC